AUGCAGCAGAACAAUAUUCUUGCUCCCUAUCUUGCCUCUUUUCUUGCUCCAAUCGCUGCUCCUGGCCUAGCACAAAUACCAAUUGGAGGAGUGCCUGGAACUGGAGAUUCAAAUUAUUAUCCAGCUCUCCAGAACCAGCAACAAUCUAACAAUCGGCUACCUAAUGGACCAUCAAUCUCAAUGAAACAGACUGAAGGUCAGAUAACAUUUUUGAAAGAAAUGCAGGAAUUCAUUGACCAAGAAAUGAAAAAAGACAGAGUUUCGUGGCAGAAGAGUCUGAGGAUUGAAGAACUGGAAGCAAUCAACGCGAAUUUGCUCAAUCAGUUCAACAUUCUGAAGCAAGACUUCGAUAAAUUGAAAAUCGAAAAUAUUCAACAGAAGAAGUAUAUUAAAGUCAAGAAUGUUGAAGACAGCAAUCAGAAGUUCAAAAUUAGAGAGCUGGAAGAAGAAGUCGCAAAGAAACAAAGGAAAAUUGAAAAGCAAUAUGAAAAGAUAGAAGAAUUGAGAAAACCAGAGAAUGAAAGGAAAGAAAAACUGAAAGUCAAAGCAAGAGAAAAAGAAGAAGCUCUGAGGGAAGAAUCAAGAGGGAAUCCCAGCUCUUCAGGGAGCUCAACGCAUGUUCUCACUGAGAUUGGCUUAGUGGAGAGAGAGGUAGCCAACUACUUCCCGCCGGAGAUGUUCAAAUAUUGCUUGAAUUUCAUCAAGAGGCCAAUUCAAGAAGUAUAUCGGAUCCCUCAAACAAGGGAAUUUUUCAAUAUUUGUAAUCGAUUGUUGCCAAUCGAAGAUCAGAAAACAGAAUAUGGCAGUGAGGACAUCUAUAAAUGCUCAAAGCUCCGACACUUCAUCAAAGAAAAGCAAAAGAAGGAAUUGGACCAGAACAUGGUGAUGAUCCGCGAACCAGUGGUACGAAGACAUUUUCGAAGAAAGCGGUCAGUUCAAGAGUGUGCUCCAUCAUAUGAUGAAAGUGAGCAAGCUCAUACGGAGUUUCAAAAAGUGAGUUGGAUCACAGGUGGUUUAGAAUGUAACUAA